CCUCCUCCCGGGCCGUGCCGGGGCCGGAGCGCGGCUGCGCCCGGGCCCGAGUGCGACGUGGAUCCGGCGGCGCCUGCGCGGGGCCGCCCUUCGCUUCCCUUCCCUUCGCUUCGCUUCCCUCAGCGCCGAGCCGAGCCCGCGGCCCCGCCGGGCAGCGCCGGAGGGCUCUGAGCUGUGGGCGGGGGUCCCCCCGGAGCCGCCGAGGAUGAGCUGGUUCAACGCCUCGCAGCUGUCCAGCUUCGCCAAGCAGGCGCUGUCGCAGGCGCAGAAGUCCAUCGACCGGGUGCUGGACAUCCAGGCCGAGGAGAGCCCCUGGCCCGACGCCGUCAUCCCUGACUACGGUGACGGAACAAAUUCCCUCAUAAGUGGAGGAUGGGAUACAUCUUCCUGGGGCUUGAGUUCGACUACAGAACCCCAGAAUCAGCCGGUGUCGCCCACAGCCAUCACCAAGCCGGUGAGGAGGACGGUAGUGGAUGAAUCCGAAAACUUCUUCAGUGCCUUUCUCUCCCCAACGGACGUUCAGAGUAUACAGAAAAACCCAGUGGUGUCCAAACCCCCAGCCAAAUCACAGCGACCCAAAGAGGAGGUGAAAAGCACUUUGAAGGAGUCUCAGCACCCCAAUCAGCCGGAAGUGCCGGUGACCACAGAGGCAGAAGUGAAGGAUUCCUCCGUAGCUGGCCUGGACUUAAAAAACCUCGAUAUUCCCAAGGAGAAAUCAGAAGAGAAUUCUGGGCUGAAAUCUGACACCAAGCAUGAAGCAAGCACAGAUGAAAUUACUGACAAAAAGGCAUCUGCUCUAAAUUUGGAAGAACCUGAGGAUGCUCCUAGUGAAAAAUCCAGUGUAGGAGGGGAAGGAGCAGUGGGUGCACCGGAGGGCACUUCACAGCCUCUUGGUGCAGGCACAAAAGACAUGGGUUUGGAAGGAAAGGAGAGAAAGACUGAGGACAGACAAAGCAAUACCCCAUCACCUCCCAUUAGCACUUUCUCCUCGGGCACUUCCACAACCAGUGAUAUUGAAGUGCUGGACCAUGAAAGUGUGAUAAGUGAGAGCUCUGUGAGUUCAAGACAAGAAGCUGCAGAUUCCAAAUCCAGCCUUCACCUCAUGCAGACGUCGUUCCAGCUUUUAUCCACCUCUGCCUGCGCGGAUUAUAAUCGUUUAGAUGACUUCCAAAAAAUGACAGAGAGCUGUGGCUCCUCUGAUGCUUUCGAAAGGAUUGACUCAUUCAGUGUCCAGUCCUUAGACAGCAGAAGUGUGAGUGAAAUAAACUCAGAUGAUGAGUUAUCGGGCAGGGCUUCUGCCUCAGCAUCUGCCGCUGUCAGUCCUGCUGGGCCAAAGACAGAAACGGUCGAUGCCCUGAAAAAUAAACCUGAGAUCUUGAGUGAUGCUCCUGUGUUACACGCUGAGGAAGCUGAGAUGGAAGAGAGUGGGAGAAGUGCAACCCCUGUUAAUUCUGAACAGCCAGAUGUUCUGGUUGCUGCUGUGCAAGCUCCCGAAGAACAGGUGGUGAAGGAGGAGGCCGAGCCGCAGCAGGAUGCUGUGGAGCAAGUGGUAGAAGAGGACACUGAAAAGCAAGAGUUUAAAAAGAUGAUUGAUUCAUUAACUGAGAAACUGGAGAAGAGGGAAAUACAGUUAUUAAGUGCUAGUAAAGAAAAGGCACGCCUGGAAGAAGCUUAUGAUAACCUAAAAGAUGAAAUGUUUCGAAUGAAAGAAGAGAGCAGUAGCCUUUCAUCUCUUAAAGAGGAGUUUGCUCAGCGAAUUGCAGAUGCUGAGAAGAAGCUCCAGCUAGCCUGCAAGGAGAGAGAUGCAGCUAAAAAGGAAGUAAAGACUGUUAAAGAAGAACUGGCUACUAGACUUAAUACCAACGAAACUGCUGAAUUACUGAAAGAAAAAGAAGAGCAAAUCAAAGGAUUAAUGGAGGAAGGAGAAAAGCUUUCCAAACAGCAGCUGCACAAUUCCAACAUUAUUAAGAAAUUAAGAGCCAAAGAGAAAGAGAGAGAAAAUAUUAACACAAAACAGAGCAAAAAGAUUAAGGAAUUGGAAGAGGAGUUGCAGCAUUUAAAACAGGUGCUUGAUGGCAAGGAGGACCUUGAGAAGCAGCAUCGAGACAGCAUUAAACAACUGAACAGUGUUGUGGAGCGACAAGAAAAGGAUCUUGCUAAACUUCAGGCAGAGGUGGAAGACCUUGAAGAAAGGAACAGAAGUGUCCAGGCAGCACUUGACAGUGCAUACAAGGAACUUGCAGAUCUUCAUAAAGCUAAUGCUACAAAGGACAGUGAGGCUCAGGAAGCAGCCUUAAGUAGGGAAAUGAAGGCAAAGGAAGAGCUUGGGUUAGCUCUGGAAAAGGCCCAGGAGGAGGCUCGGCAGCAACAAGAAGCUUUGGCAAUUCAGGUGGCAGACCUGAGGCUGGCACUGCAACGUGCAGAGCAGCAGGCAGCAAGAAAGGAAGAUUAUUUACGCCAGGAAAUUGGUGAACUACAACAGAGACUCCAAGAAGCAGAGAACAGGAACCAAGAACUGAGCCAAAGUGUCACAUCCGCUACACGGCCCCUGCUCCGGCAGAUAGAAAAUCUUCAGGCCACACUGGGAGCACAGACCUCUGCAUGGGAAAAACUGGAAAAGAACCUUUCUGACAGACUGGGUGAGUCUCAAACUCUUCUAGCAGCAGCUGCUGAGAGAGAACGGGCUGCUACAGAAGAACUUCUUGCUAAUAAAAUUCAGAUGUCUUCUUCUGAAUCUCAGAAUAGUCUUUUAAGGCAAGAAAAUACACGCCUUCAGGCUCAGCUGGAAGUGGAGAGAACCAAAUUGAAGAAAAUGGAAAACGAAAACAGUAGGUAUGAGGUUGAACUAGAAGGGCUCAAAGAUGAGUAUGCAAAAACCUUGGAAGAUGCAAAGAAAGAAAAGACACUGCUGGCUACUCAGUUAGAAAUGGAGAGGAUGAAAGUGGAACAGGAAAGAAAGAAGGCAAUUCUCGUGCAGGAAGCAGCAAAGGAGAAGGAUCGGAAGUCAUUUACAGUUGAAACUGUUUCAAGUACUCCAUCAAUGUCACGCUCUAGUUCCAUAAGUGGGGUGGAAAUGGCAGGUCUUCAAACCUCUUUCCUCUCACAGGAUGAUCCUCAUGAUCACUCGUUUGGACCAAUAGCUACUAGUGGGAGCAACCUCUAUGAUGCCAUAAGGAUGGGAGCAGGUUCAAGUAUAAUUGAAAACCUUCAGUCACAGCUAAAACUAAGAGAAGGAGAGAUUUCACAUCUACAGCUGGAAAUUGGAAACCUUGAGAAAACUCGAUCAAUAAUGGCAGAAGAACUGGUUAAAUUAACAAAUCAAAAUGAUGAACUGGAAGAAAAAGUGAAGGAAAUACCAAAAUUACGCACACAGUUAAAGGAUUUGGAUCAAAGAUACAACACAAUUCUCCAGAUGUAUGGAGAGAAGGCAGAGGAAGCUGAGGAACUCCGACUGGAUCUGGAAGAUGUGAAAAACAUGUACAAGACUCAGAUAGAUGAACUUUUAAGACAAAGACAAAAUUAAUUCCUGCUGGAACUCUUAACAUUAUAUGUUAACAGACUGUAAAGAUAACUGUUUAUGUAAAUGCUGAAUUUAAAUGUCUUGUAAAAAAUAACUGUAUCAUAGAAAAUGUGACUAUAUCAUAGAGUUCCUAUGUUGACAGAAAAAUCAAUGCUUUAAGUGUCCCAUUCUGUCUGCAGUUAAGUUAUUUGUGCAAUAUUUAAUUUUUUUUUUCAGUCAUCCCUUUAUUUAAGUCUUUGCUAAAUGGUGGGUCAUUUUACUUGUAAACAGUAGCAGAAAUGAUGGUUGUUACCUCAUGAGACAGCACUGGAAGGCAUGAGUUGUACUAAAACAGCCCUUGAUUCAUAAUUCCUGUAAACCUAUGAAAAUCACAUUAGAAGUCUUUCCUAAGUGUUCUUCAUAUGAGUUUUUCUAAAACCUCAUCAGUUAAUUUUUAAUAACAAAAUAGCAGUGACUUGCUGUCUGAAGCAUAAUUGGUGGAUAUUUUUAUGACAGCAGAAUCUUACAUUUGUACUUGCAACAUCUGAACAUGUUAGGGUGAUUACUCUUAAAUCAGAUUAGUCUGACUAUUUUACACUAAGUCCUCUAAAGCAGAGUGUGAGACUCAGAUGACACUUUAAAUUACAGCUUCAUCUUGUAUAUUGCUCAUGUUCUUAUGAACAGUGUAGAGACAACAGCUCUGCUUGUAAUUGUAAAUGUGUCUAAUUUUAACACCAGAAAUCUGAGCUACUAAAUAUUUAUCCUAGAUUUAGUUGCUGAUUUUAUAACAGUAGCUAAAACAGUUCAGAAGAAUGCAGAAAACUCGUUCUUUUUUAAAAAUAAGUUGCUGCAGCUCUCAUGGUCCCUUGUAUACAAGUAGCAGGGUUUAGACUUUCUGUAAAAUUGUACUGUGACUUAAUAUACUUUUCAAGCAAGUCUCCAGUGGCUUCAAAGUAUUUCUCAUGCCAUUCCUUAAGCAAGGUAUUGGUCAAACAGUAUCCAUGUGACUUGGAGUUGAGCUGCAUUUUUGGUAAUGUCAGAGGAAACGUUUGAAUUGGACCCUUGGGAAUGCUGAGAAUCGCGGGAAGGAGUUUUCGCCUUCCUCUCUGCAUUCCAGAGGCCAAAUAUUUUGCUGCAUUUCGGAACCUACUCGUGUGAAAUAUUCGGCAGUCGAAAUUCUUUGCUUAUCAUACCAGUGCCUCUGUUGGGAAAGGGUUUUUUUUUCCCAGAUCUGUACACGUUGUAAUUUGGGAACUCUCUUCCUGCUUGGGUAUUCGGCGGCCUGAGAGAGAUAAAGGAUGUAAGGGAUGAGAAAUUGCUUCUGGAGAAAAGUCUCUCGGUAACAUGGUUUUACUAUUGGUGUUAAGGAUUUAUUCCUCACUGGGAGAACAGUUAAUUCACUGAAGGUACACAGGCAAGGGUAUGUUCCUGUAAAAUCCUAGUCCAAUUUGAGAUUCAGGCAGUUACUCUGAACAUUUCAAUAAUGCCAUAGAGCAAAAACACUAAAAUUUGUUAUAACUCCCCAUCUGUCAUAGAAACUUUAACUGCUUUAAUAUUAAAUACUUUUUUCUUUUCCUUUUUUUUUUUUUUUUAAUGGGGAGGUGGGAGGGAACUAUCCUCUUACUGUUUUCAUUUCAGAUUUGGAAACCAUGGUGAUUUCAUCUUUUUCCUGAAAACCUCAGAAUUUAACACUUUUCCUUCAUAUUGAAGCGCAGUUGGUUGCUCUGAGUUUCAAAAAAGCCCCAAACCAACCAACCCCAAACAAAAAACCACUCCUUAUAAAAGCACUUUCUGGAGCUUUACUGAUUUGUUGUGUAUUAGAAUUAUGAUGUGCAAAGGUUAGUUCAGCCUUCUCUUAAGAAAACAACUCUUAUGAUGGUCAAAGAUUAGAAAUUCUGUUCAGCUUUUAUCUACUACAGGAAAUCAAUAAAUUGCUUGUUUUCAGCACUUUUUUACAAUCUUGGUAGACAAAUGCAGUACUCUAAAAACAAAAAAAAUCCUCCUUUGAACUUUUAUUGGGAUCUGUUGCUGCCAGUGCUUUUGAAGGUAACAUUUCCUGUGUAAUUUGUGAGUAGAUGCUCCUGAAGGGCUGACACAGGCAGUUCUGAGAAUAUCUUGGGCUAUCUUGGGUUUUCAGGAAGAGCUUUGUAAAUGGGAAAUUUUAAUAUGCAGUCAGCAUUAACUGUUUUCAAUGUAAAAACAUUUGACAGGUAUUAAAUUUUUAAAUUUUACAAAAGUAGAUGUAAAUAUUUUUAUUGACUAUUUUUGGAUUCUUUAUUCCCAUUUAGUGCAACCUUUACUAUCCCCUGAGAAUCAGAUGGCCUUCUGUGUCUUAAUCAUCAAAGCCUUAGAAAACAAGGUGGCUGUUGGAAGGUAACAUAGACUUUAAAGUAUUCUGGUUUGGUCAUCUUUGGCAUAAUUCUUGUAUGCUUGUUUUGAAGAAACAUUAAUGUCUGCGUGGACACAUUUUGUUCAUUGCUCUUAUUGAGUUUGCCUAGAAGAGUAACAUGCAAAAUUAAAGGUCUUAGGUCAGAAUUCUAAUAUCCACGUCUGUUCAAAUUUAUUAUUUUAGGACAUUCCUUCUGAAUGCAACUAAUUUAGAUCUCAUUUUUCAGUGCAUAUGCAAGUAUGAAGAAAUGCUAUUUAAAGGUUUACUCGAAGUACAGUGUUCAGAGGGGGCUGAAUUCCCAGCCUAGGUAAUGGAAAGGCCUGUGUGGAUGUGGGUGGGUGUGGAUGAGGAAUAUACUCCUCAGUACUUGCUUCCUUUAAGAACACAUGUUCGGAAUCCCAUGAGAGAAGGGUUAGUUCUACUUAUUUUUCUUUCCCUAAAAGUUUGUUUUAAUUUACAUGCUUAUGUUUUACUAAGGGCUAUAAUGAUCCUGAGUACGAGGCGAAAUGGUUAUUGCACGGUAAAAUUAAACCCCUUGGUUUCUAGUUGUAAAAUGUGUAUAAGUGUGUAAAAAGCACGGGUCAGGGUAAAAUAAAAUUUUGUGCUAAGA